AUGUAUUUUGAUUUCCAGGUUGAUGGUAAAGAAGUCCCAGGUCCAUUGUUUGAUUUUGGUCUCCUGAUGUACCACUGCGCUGCCCAACUUGUUGCAAAGGAGAGCGGACCAUUUUUCUAUUUGUCUAAGCUGGAAGGAGCCAAUGAGGCCAAAUUAUGGAAUGAAAUCUUCUGUUGGGCGCAGGAAAAGCUUGGCAUUCCGCAUGGAACAAUUAAAGCAUGUGUCCUGAUUGAGAAUGUUCUGGCAUCAUUUGAGAUGGAAGAAAUACUUUUUGAACUAAAGGACCAUUCUCUUGGAUUAAACUGUGGCAUCUGGGAUUACUCUGCAUCUUUUGUCAAUAAGUUUGGGGACAGGAAAGAUUUUGUCCUCCCUGAUCGCAACAAGUAUGUUAAUAUGCAGCGGCACUUUUUACGGUCGUAUAUGGAUUUAGUCAUUCACACAUGUCACAAGCAUGGUGCUCAUGCUACAGGGGGAAUGGCAGCAACAAUUAUAGAGUCUCGUGAUCUCAGUAUCCUGACAAAGGUGACAGAAGCAAAAAUACAAGAGUUGCUCUCUGGUGCAGAUGGUUUCAUGGUAUAUGAUACACGUCUAGUUCCAGUUAUGAGGAAGAUGGUAGUAUUAGAUAAAAGGGACAAUCAAAUAGAGAAUCGGCCAAGAAAUGAUGUUCGUGUUACUGCUGGGGAUUUGUUGCAGAUGCCUACAGGUGGAGUCACACUCGCAGGGCUGAAGCACAAUGUUGCUGUUGGAAUUCUUUUCAUAGACGCUUGGUUACGUGGAAAGGGCCACUACAUUUACAAAGGGGCUGUUGAAGAUUCGGCCACAGCAGAGAUUUCACGUUCUCAAGUUUGGCAGUGGAUUAGACACAGGGCUAAACUAGAGGAUGAUGGUGAAAUCAUCACGAGAGGUCUUGUUCAGAAAAUCAUCAGAGACUUUGUUGAUGCUACCAUAAUGUCCCAGGAUCCUGUUCCUCUGAAUUCACCAAAACACGAGGAGAGAUUUAGAGCAGCUGCAGAAAUAUUUGAAGAAAUUGUCACUAAAAGAGAUUUCCCUGAAUUUAUCACAACAUAUCUGAAUCUCGACCACACAUUCCUUAGUUACCAAAAAAUGCAUGAAGAAUGAUACUGAAAAGAAGUUUAAUUGGUGCAAUAUGGAUUUGGCCUAUGCAAAUGUAUGUGGAAUAUUUUGUGAUAUUUUUUUGACAUAUGGAAGUUAUAUAAGGUCUAACAAAUGAUAGAUUUAUUAUGUUGGAUUUUUCCCCCCCCCCAGGAAAGUAUACAUCUGUAAUUUUCUUUUGAGGUAUUAAA